UGCGCGUCUCUCCAGCUUGCUAGGCAGCGAGGAGGCACUCACGCGCAGCGUCAGUCUUGUCCGUCCUGCCGAGGGAACGAGGGACCACAAUGGAGGACGCUGACUAGAAGCUGCUAGCUUAAAGUGUUGCUUUUGGUUUAGGAAAGGCUUUCAAUCGCUUCGUGUUGCUUUCAAGCACUUCAAAAGCAAAAAGUUUGUUGUCAGCCUACUUUCAGGAGGAGGAAACUGUACACACUCCUCCUCCUCGCUCCAAGUGCACUUUUUCAAGGUUCCUCGUUAGGAGUAACAUACGGCACCUUCAUCCAUGGAGGGUCUGGACGUGGAGGUCCUUCGCGGGAUGCAAGUUAGCCUUUCCUGCGGACUCGAGUGACUCUUUUUCCUGCUUUUUUUGUUUUUUCUACACGCACAAGAAGAAGACCUCCUUGAACAUAAAACCCUCUCCUUCUCGCGAACCACACCGACUACCACCGCACCAUGGCCGGCUCCCGGCCGCUGUGGUUGCCGUGGAGACGGAGCCUCCUCCUGGCGGUGUGGAUGUGUGUGCUCGGGGUGCUCGGAGCGGAGGAUGACGGCUCCUUCAACGCGGAGUCGUGGCUGAGGAUGUAUGGCUACCUGCCUCAGGCCAGCAGGCAGAUGUCAACCAUGCGCUCCACUCAGAUCCUGUCUAGCGCCAUCAGCGACAUGCAGCGCUUCUACGGGCUUGAGGUCACGGGAAACAUGGACCUGCAAACCAUCAGUGCCAUGAGGAGACCCCGCUGCGGCGUGCCGGACAAGUUUGGAGGCCAGAUCAAAACCAACGUGCGGCGGAAACGCUACGCCCUGACGGGGCAUAAAUGGAACAAGAGCCAUCUCACAUACAGCAUCCAGAACUACACUCCCAAGAUCGGAGAGUAUAACUCCUUCACGGCCAUCCGCCAGGCCUUCAAAGUCUGGGAGAGCGUCACCCCUUUGACCUUUGAUGAAAUCCCCUACCAGGAGAUCAAAUACGGACGCCGCAAGGAGCCCGACAUCAUGCUGUUCUUCGCUUCGGGUUUCCACGGUGACAGCUCCCCCUUUGAUGGGGAGGGGGGCUUCCUGGCUCACGCCUACUUCCCCGGGCCCGGGAUGGGAGGAGACACUCACUUUGACUCUGAUGAGCCCUGGACCAUCGGAAACCAGAAUGUACAAGGCAAUGACCUCUUCCUGGUUGCCAUCCAUGAGCUUGGCCACGCGCUGGGUUUAGAGCACUCCAAUAACCCGCUGGCCAUCAUGGCGCCCUUCUACCAGUGGAUGGAGACGGAGAACUUCCAGCUUCCCGAGGACGACCGACGAGGCAUUCAGCAAAUCUACGGUACACCAGACAGCAGGCCCACACAGGCCCUCCCCACUGUGACCCCGCGUCGCCCAGACCCCCGGCCACCUCACAAUCCUCCACGUCAACCGGACCGGCCCAGGACCACAGACAGACCAGACCACUAUGGCCCAGACAUUUGUGAAGGAAACUUUGACACUGUCGCCAUGCUGCGAGGAGAAAUGUUUGUCUUUAAGGGCCGCUGGUUCUGGAGAGUGCGUAGAAACAGGGUUCUGGACAACUACCCCAUGCCCAUCGGCCACUUCUGGAGAGGUCUGCCAGGAGACAUUGACGCCGCAUACGAGAGGCACGACGGCAGAUUUGUCUUCUUCAAAGCUCACAGAUUCUGGCUCUUCCGGGAGGCCAACCUGGAACAAGGCUACCCGUUGGAGCUGGUUGAUUACGGCCACGACAUUCCCUACGACCGCAUAGACGCCGCCAUCUGGUGGGAGCCGUCCGGCUACACCUACUUCUUUCAAGGAGACAGGUACUGGCGCUUCAACGAGCAGUCGCGCUCUGCCGACCCAGGCUACCCGAAACCUAUCAGCGUGUGGGGGUCGUCCGUGCCCCCGGCUCCCAAGGGGGCCUUCCUCAGUGAUGAUGGAGCCUACACGUACUUCUACAAGGGGUCCAAGUACUGGAAGUUUGACAACCACCGCAUGAAGAGCGAGCCGGGCUACCCCAAGUCCAUCCUGCGGGACUUCAUGGGCUGCAGCGUGGACCUGGACCCUGACAAAGACACGGACACCGACUCCGGUGACAAAUACCCGGACGUCAACCAGCCGCCUUUCAACCCGGAUGCCGGGCGCGACGACGACGACAAAGUCGCAACGGACCCUGACGGCGGCGACAAGGAUGAUGGUGACAGAGGCUCGGAUGUGGACGAAGACGAGCGCGAAAAUCGGGAGGAGGACACCAACGAGGUGGACGUGGUGCUGAAGGUGGAUGACAGCCAGGAGAGGACCAUGAAUAUUCUGAUGGUGACCAUCCCGCUGGUCCUGGUGCUGUGCAUCCUGGGCCUGAUCUACGCCAUCAUCAACACCCUGCAGAGCAAGGGGGCGCCGCGGCUGCUGGUGCACUGCAAGCGCUCGCUGCAGGACUGGGUCUGACCCGCUCACUGAACUUGGAUCAACUUCCCCUCCAUCCCGUCCGCUCUAGUCGCUCUUAAGAUCCUUUUGGUUCCUGUACUGUACUCUCACCCCCCAGGGUGCAUCCACUGUAGUCUAUUUAUAGCAGAGAAGUUUGCACAUCCUUUUUCUCCACUUUGUUGAUUUUCAAACCAGGAAGUCAAUUCUCCUCCCUCCCCUCAUCUCAGCGGAGCCUUUUCCUGGUCUGGAAACAGCACCUCCUCUCGGCGGUACACUCGGUCACAUGAUCAACCAUCAGCUCGUCCUCUCUUUGCCUUCUUUGGCAGCUGUUAAAAACGUUGUAAACAGACUUUAAAAGGAGCGUCUUUUCAACUUUAUGUGUCUAAUCUUCUCAGACGCACGUGAAAACGCACUUAGUGCGUCUGCAGGGGUCUCCUACCGCCGUCUUGAGGGCUUCAAACAGGAAGUACCAAAUGCAACAUUAAUGUAGCGUGCAGCCUCUAAAGGACUUUAUUGUAAAGACGGCGUAGCGGCGAGCAGCAGGGUGGGCUAACACCAGCUAAUCCACUUCAUUAAAAAAACAGCAGGUGUGGGCACACACCGCUGGCCCCUACUGACCCGAAACCUUGAACCGACAGAACCCCAAACACGCUUUCAUCUGGCAGGAAGAAAAUCUGCACUUUCUUCUUCCCCAAACCAUUUUCAAAUAACUUUGACAUCUUUCUAUCCUUGUGGCCCGAGAAGCACGGACGUACGUUUAAAAAGAAUCCAUUCAAAGGUGACUGGUUCUGGAUUUAGAAUUUUCUCACAGGAGCAACAUUUUCCUGCCUUCUUCACUUCAUACGAGUGUAAAAAACAACAACCCUAACCCCAAUCAUACCCCUAACUCCAAUCCCAACUCCAUCCUUACCCCUACCCUACUCUGAACCCUAAACCCCAACCUUACACGUAACCCAAUCCCAACCCCAUCCUUACCCCAACCCUAACCCAAUCCCAACUCCAAUCUGAAAUCUAAACCUAAAACGAACCUACCCCUACCCUACCUUACCCCUACCCCAACCACAUCCUUACCCCUACCCUAACCCUAACCUACCCUAUGGUUAUCACAUAUUUCCUCUUCAUCUCUUUGCCACCCUUCUGUGGUGACGCCACACACAAAAAGCCAAAGAAAACACAAAACGCACUCGUUCGUGUUGUACUUUUUUCUGUUCUUUUGUCCGCUUCCAGUGUAUCGACUUCAACAAACUCCUCGUUAGACAUCUCGAACAAGUUGUUCCAAACUAGCGCGAGUUGACUACGCCAUCGCGCAGCAGACCUUGAUGACGCUUCACCGCCCUGCCAGGAACUACGUGGUACUACAAAAGACUGGUGCUAGCUAGCAUGUUUGUGCUAAAUCUGAUGUAGAAAAGCAAUGACUAGACGUAUAAAUCAUUGUAGCAAGCAACGGAGAUGGGGCUGGACGUCAUGCGUGCAUAUCAUGCACUGUCUUGACUAUUCAUCCAGCUCGUGUUAGCGAGAGAACACAUUUCCUGCCUUUCCAGACAAGCAAGGAGGGGGAAGGGGAGUACAAAGCCAGUGAUAUAGUCAGGAUAUAGUGAGGGAAAGGGGGGUGGGGGGGUGCACUGGCAGCGGUCCAUUUGACCCAAAUUCUCCUCCUGGUGGCCCGGCAGCAGCUGAGAGGAAACCUGAGCUUUCAGUUUUGCGUUGUUGUGUUUACUGACUUUAAAGCCUGAAAAUGAACACUGACGGACGCUCCCCAGCCCCCCACCCAGCUUCCCUAGCCUGACUCAGGAGGCGGGGGGUGAGGGAGGGACACUUUUAACAGAACGGAAGGACGGCGAUUGACCCGCUGCCGCUCGAUGGCGGUUGCCAGUAAACGGUGUCAUCUGUCCGUCUUUCACCUCAAAGGUGGGGGAGGGGUGGUGGUGGCAGCUAAUCAGUGCUAAGAGCAACCCCCCAGCCCCAAACACCGUCAUCAUUAUCUCUCCUUUCCUGCACGUCCAGACAUGAUCAGUCGACGCCACAGAAGUGGCUCAGCAAAGGCAGGUGACAGGCCCCCCCGCGUCCUCUUUGACGGGCUGGUUCAGCAUAUCAUGCGCUCUCUCGACUAUUCCAACAAGAAACAGAGUUUGUCCUUCAUUUCCUGUGACCUCAUCGAAGUCAAGUUCUUCCACAGCAAACUCCUCCAGGCAUGUCUUGUUCAAAUGAAGAUUCGGGGACAACCGAGGACUUCAGUCCGAGAUUGCGUCCUUCCUCCCACCUCGCCCAAACAUCCUUUCACAUGAAAAGCCACUUCCUGUUGAAACCAUCAAUGAUGCCGGUUCAAAGGUCACCGGUGUCCGCCAUCUUGCUUUACGACCACUAGCAAAGAAAUGGAGACACGUGGACACCCUGCGAACGCUCCUUCCCACGGUCUACAAACCACUCGUCCUUUUUUGUCCACCACUUGAGACAGGACGCCACGUAACGCUCAGGAGGUCGUCAGCGGCCGUCAGCAUCUCGUUAGUCUUUGAUGCUUCAUGUCUUUUUGGAUUUUGGGGUGAUUUUGUGUUGUUGACAUUCCAAUGAGGUUGUUGUUGUGAUUAGAAGCUUUUAUACGUUUGUGUUGUAGUAGUUGAGUGUGUUAACAAGCCAUGCUGGACAUGUACACAAUAAAAAAUACAAACCUUA